CUCAGAUCACUUCUUGAUUGCCCUUCCUUUCUCGUUAAUACUCUCAUUUCUCUCUCUCUAUUCUGCAUCGCAUUCAUUUCAUCGAUGGCUAUGCCUUCAAACAGGUCUUCGUCUUCUUCUUUAGCAGCAGCAUCAAGCAGAUCAAACCCUAAUUUGAGAAACUCAGAAAUCAGUAACUCUGUCAGAAGGAGUUUCAGUGGAAACCCAUUCCAGAAACCUUCUAUCAUCGCAAACCCUCGUAGUUUCAACCCUUAUACUCCAGCCAAUAGUCCUUCAGAUUUCCCACGAAGAAACUCUAUUGGUGGCAGAGAAAGCAUAGGGUCGCUUGGUGACCUUGAUGACAAAGAAAAUGGGAAAGAACAUGUUCUCAAGUCGUCAAAGGUUCGAUCUCCAGCUGCUUCAACGAAGGGCAUGAAAAAUUUCAUGACUCCAACUAUAUCUGCUUCUUCUAAGAUCACAGAGUCUCCAAGAAAGAAAGUGCUCACGGACAGGAAUGAGCCAGCAAGAACUUCAUUUUCCUCCGCGGAAGGGAAAAGCCCCAGUCGAAAGGUUACUUUUGGAGAUUCUAUUGAUGAGAAAAAGUUCCAAAAUUUUUCUGAUGGGAUCAUCAAGGAAGAGACACAUAAGCAUAAAAGCCCCAUUCGCAAGGUAACAUUCGCAGAUUCUGUUGAAGAGAAGACGUUUCAGCCUUCGCCUGAUGAGGUCAGCGAAGAGGACAGGGAUGAACAUACAGCUUCCUUGGUUUCUGAAGAUUUGAUAGCCGAAGCCAAAAGCCCUAAUCCAAAUGUGGCAUUUGCAGAUUCUAUUGAAGAGAAAAAGUUUGAACCUUUUACUGAUGGGUUCAUCAAAGACGACGCAGAGGAACAUACGUCUUCCACUGUUUCUGAAGAUUUGAAAGCUGAAGGCUUGGAUUCACAUAAUGAAACAGAAUCAGCAUGCGAAGCUGUGACUAAUGAACCUGAUUGUGUUAAUCUUGAUCCAUCUUUUAGGCUUAGUCCUACCCCACCUCCAUUUUCUUCGACCUCUACAGUCAUAGCUCCUCUUGAUGCUGAUCCUCUUAUUCCUCCAUAUGAUCCUAAAGCUGACCCUUUGAUUCUUCCAUAUGAUCCUAAAGUGAAUUACCUUUCUCCAAGACCCCAGUUUCUCCGCUAUAAACCAAACCCAAGACUUCAGCUUUACAAAGAAAGGGAGUCUAUGAAGUUAGAUGACGGCUCUUCAGAUACAGAACUAACAGAGGAGGCAUUGUCUGGUGGGUCAGAGAAGGAAUCAGAAGUUUCUUCGGAUGAAAUAGCAAGUGAAGAUCAGAAUCAUGUUUCUGAAGCAAGUACUAUCAACAGCACACUCACGCCGGAGGACGAAAUUGCUGAAGCAAAAGGAGUUGCUAAACCAGGCUUCUCCAUGAGAUCAAAAGCCUUUGCGCUGCUUUUGCUUCUCUCGGUUGCUUCUUUUUCAAUCUCAUAUACAAAUCCACAGGUCUUUGAUCCAUUGCUUAAAGAACUCACCACUUGGUCUCGACUUAUACGAGAAGCUCCGCAGGUGGAUAUUCCAGUAUUGAACGUUGAAAAGACUGAUGAUUUCACUGACACCUCUAGUGAUGAUGAUAUUGGAGAUAUUAUUAUGGCAGAUCAUUAUGCUUCAGCAUAUGAAGAACAAGUAGUUCAGGAACUGGAUCCAGUCCCUGACAAUGAUGCUGUCAAGGAGAUUGAUACUGAUGCAGUAGUAAUUGCCGGAGUUGAAAGUGCUUCACCUGCUUCAAAAAUUGAGGAGGCUAGUGAACCCAAUCAAUCAGAAAGUAACACUGAUUAUCCGGUCUCAGAGGUUCAUGAAAUUCACACUGAAGUUGAAAAUGCCUCACCUGCUUCGGAAAUUGGAGCGGUUAGUGAACCCAGUCAGUCAGAAAGUAACACUGAUUAUCCAGAUUCAGAGGCUCAUGAAAUUCAUACUGAAGAUUUUGAAGCUAAUAAUUUACAAGCAAAGCAGACUCCAGAGAAGGAUGCUGAAACUGGCAGUGUAGACCUUAAAGAUCAGUCAGAUUUAAGCUCUGAAGUUUCUGAAACUGCUGAAAUGCAUACAGACAGCGAGCCCGCGUCUGAGAUUAAUACAGUGCAUCAAGAUGUGCAAUUGAAAUCAGAGGAAAAAUAUCUUGUACCAGUUAUUGUUGCCUCUAUCCUUCUCUUUCUAUCCAUAAUCGCAGGUGCAGCAUUCAAGUUCUUGAAGAAGAAAGAUGAAGGAAGAAGAAGAAUGGCUGCUACCAAUACCACUUCUAUGGAGCAACCUCCCAUGACUAAGGCAUUGCAAAAAGAGGAGACCUUUUCUUCGCUGGAAAGGCCAUUUCUGAGGAAUAGCCCUAUAGAAAUGGAGGUUCUUGGAGAGUCAUACCCUUCAGAAAUGAGCAGCUUUGAAAGGAGCUCAUCUCAUUAUUACAGCCAAAGGGUAGUGAAGGAGCAGAAUGAAGCCCAAAGCCUGGAGAAGAAGCCAAAGAGGAACUACAGGAGAGAAUCUCUCGCUUCUUCUGCAGACUCCAUGGGCGGUUCUGCAUCCUAUGGAAGCUUCACCACUUACGAAAAAAUCCCAAAGCCUGGACAUGGAGAUGGAGGGAGUGUGACGACUGUGACUCCUGUGAGGCGUUCAAGCAGGAUUAGGAGCUUAGCCAAUUCGCCUUUGUGAAGAUGAAGAUGAUGCCCCCAGCAAUUUAACAUUGUGAAUGAUGUUAAUUAGUGUGGUGUGCUGCUAGGUUAUGAUUUGUUUAAGCAGAAGAAGCUCUUAUCUUCUGAACCGAAUCGUUGUAUGUGAAUGACUGGUGGAUUAUUAUGAUUAUCAUUAUUAUUACUCUUCA